AGUUUUAACGUUUUAACGAUUCUCGGCAAUGUUAUUUUUUUACAGUAAUAGCUACCAUUAUGGUUGCUAUGAGGUGAUAGGUAUACUGUGCGGUAUAAAGCCCGUGUUAAGGUAUUUUAGCUAAUAAACGCUGCGUAUUUCCCGUAUGAACUGGUUGUAAAUAGCUAUCAGUUGAUAAUGUUUUCGUAUAAACUAUUUCUUACAUCUCAGACUACUAUUGUUUUCUGUUCGUCUGCUAUUGAUUGUGUUAGAUAGGAAGCUAUUAAGCUUUCUUCUAAUUGGAAUUCUAUGCAUUUUUAUCUACCUAAUCUUUUGAAUAUUUACUUUCUUUAAAAUAGGAUUUUAAUUACUGGCUUAUAUCAACUGAAACCAUUGUUAACGCAGGUAAUACAUAUGUAGAGUAUAAUUACAGAAAGAAAAAUUAGAAAGUUGGAAAAUAAAGUCUAAAAAGUAAACAAGCACUUGGUUUAAUAGAAGAUGAGUUUGGUCCACUUCUUGCUGUCGGUAGUGGUGUUAAUUGCAAAAUGUAAUUUUAUAACAAGUAGUGAUUUGCAGAACACGUCAAAUACCAGAACGCUAUCAAUACUAGAACUUUACGUAACACCCACAAGCAGUAUAAACUUGAAAAACGUGUCAAAGUAUGGAACGCCGUCAACACAAAAGAUUUACGUAACGCCCACAAGAAGUAUAAACUUGAAAAUUAAGUCAAAGAAUGGAGCGUGGUCAACACAAAAGAUUUACGUAACGCCCACAAGAAGUAUAAACUUGAAAAUUAAGUCAAAGAAUGGAGCGCGGUCAACACAAAAGAUUUACGUAACGCCCACAAAAAGUGUAAACUUGAAGUAUGUGUCAAAGAGAACGUUGUCAACACAAAAUAUUUACUUAACUCCCACGCAGAAAGUUUAUCUUGAUUCAACGAUUAGUCUUCAUUUACGUAACGUAACUUUAACAAGUUUAAUGGCUCCUAAAAAUAGUUUAGCUUCUAUACCUAUGCAAACGUACACCAUUAUUUUUACUUUAACUGCUAUUAAUUCGGCUAUAACAUCACGUAAUAUAACACCUUUAUAUGCUUCUCCUACUAGUAAAGCUUCUCAAACGAAUUUCAAGUUAACUAGUUUGAGUUUGUUUUCAAAUCAACGUAGUACUUUACCUGGCAGUGUUGUUACGAAAAUUGAUACUUCGCACUCCCAAAAGCCAGAAAUCUCUCCUACUAGUAAAUUAACUGAAGUUGCAACGUCAUCGGGAGAACAUUCUUCCACAGUACUAUUAUCCAAGUCAGUUACUUCAAAUGUUACAAAAUCGUUGGAAAAAGGAUCAAGAAAUGUCGUGUCAACAAGAAUCCAACCCCACACAAACGCUACACUUUCUUACGUAGCAACAUCUUCUGUUAUACAAACUAACACCACCACCUUGACUACACAUAAACCCGUUAAGAAGGAUGACGAAGAAAUCCUUGAGAGAAAAUGGUGGUAUGUUAUUGGCGCAGGGGCUUUCAUAAUUGUACUACUCAUUAUUGCUGUGGUUUGUAUUAAAAGACGCAAGAAAAAGGCUGAUAAGCCCAAAGAACACAGAUUAACUUACUCUGAUUCAAGAGUCAUGCUUAACAAUACCAACUUGGAUGAUGUCAAAAACCCCUCUAACCGAACAAGCCUUACAAGAUUAUUUUCGAAAGCAACAGAGCUAACGGAUUGGCACAACAGACAAUUAGUAGCGAAGUUACCAAGCGAUGACUACGCGGAUUUGAACAUGACAGAUAUCAAAGACCAGGAGUAUACUGGACUUAGGACUUAUAAACGUGGCGAGCCUAACCCUGUUUUUGAGGACGAGGUCGAUGAUCCCCAAACUAACCAUAACAAAUCUGGUACGUUACCACAUACGGAAGUAGGUGCAGAUUAUUUUCAAUUUGAGCCGGAGGAUAAGACGAAAAAUUCGACAAUGAUUACCGAAAGUUUAUUAGGAACUGAGGAUGAGGUCAAUGAUAAUCAAACUAACCAUGACAAAUCUGAUACAUUACCACAUACGGGAGAAGAUGCAGGUUGUGUUGAACUUGAGCCGGAAGAUAAGGCGGAAACUUCGGCAGUAAUUACCGAAAGUUUAUCAGGAACUGAAGAUGAGGUCAGUGAUAAUCAAACAGAACGUAAAAACCCUGACCCAUCAGAAACUAAUUAAAGAGACAUGGAUUACUUCGGAGUGGAACCCGAAAAAUCAAGCCGAAAUAUCUGCAAAAGUUUCCCGAAAGUUAGCCGGGUGAACCAAAUUGUUAUAGGAACCGUGUUUAUAUGUGUAAGAGUAAUAUCACAUGGAAAUUAAAAUGCAGAAAGUUUUUAUAGAGCAUAUGCCAUAAUAAAAUUGAAGUGAGACGAUCACUGUGCAUAUUAAUUAAAGUGCUAAGGGUGCGGAUGUGGUUUGUUGUUGUUGCUGUUUUUUUCUUUAACUAUUAAAUUAGCGAAUGUACUUAGGAUGUUAGAAUUUUACCGUUAAAAGAUUUCACCAUUAAUUUCACGUAUAAACAAGAAAUUAUUGUUUUGGCUCUAGUUUAUCGAACAUAUUAGCACAGAAAAUGAGAGAAUAGGAGUUGACACAAAUGGCCGCGUCGAAACUUGACAAGUAAUAUAAUUUGAUAUGUAUACAGUGCUGAAAUUUUGUGAAUUUUCCUUAUUUUUAUUAGCUAUGUGGUCUAAUCAGAAAAAAGGAAAAAUACCUGGUGGGGGAUGGCGUUGGUGUAUGGGGUGGGUUAAGGUUAGGGGGAAGGGGUGGGGUGAGGUGAAAGUGGUGGGGUAAUAUGAAAGAGGUGGGGUGAGGUGAGGUGGAAGCUCGGGGGUGGGGUGGAAGCGGUGGGUUGAGGUGGAAGCGUUGGGGUGAGGUGGAAGAGUUGGGGUGAGGUGGAAGCGGUGGGGUGAUGUGGAAGCGGUGGGUAAGGUGAAAAGGGUGGGGUGGGUGUUGUGGAAGCGGUGGGGUGAGAUGGAAAGGGUGGGGUGGGGUAAGGUGAAAGGGGAGGGGGAGAUUAUAAUCCAUUUGUGAGAUAUGUGUAAGAUUUUUACAAUGUAAAUAAUGGCACUAAUCCUUGAAACGGCAUUGUACGAUGGUUAUCUACAUUUUUAUUCAUUGUACGAUUGUUACCAUACUGGUACUAGAGUAAUAUG